AAACGCAAGAUUCCUACCGAGCUGUACAAAUAAAUUGCUGUUUUCGCAGGUACUGGAGUUGGACGUCACAGAUGUCCGUAUUGUAGAAGAACGAGGUCACAAUGCCACAAUAGAACCAAGCUCAAGUUCCCAGCACUUGGCUCACAUCCGGAGGAAGCAUUUUCUGUUCUUUACAGAUGAGAAAAUCUUUUCUGUGCUCACGGAGAUCUGUCAGUUAUUAGGUCACUAUGGCAACAUUUUUCUGCUGACGGACUUCUUCUUGGAUCUGUACCGCCAGUCCUCGGCGUACAGAAAGCAGGCCGCCAUGGUUCUCAAUGAAAUCAUCCGAGGGGCUGCCGGCGUCACAGAGGGUGAAGGCGGAGGACUUCCUCGCUCCCCGGAAGACCUAAAAGCAGUUGUGAUGCUGGUCAUGGAGGAAUACGUCAGCCUGAACAACUGGCACUUGAUCACAGUCAAUGAGGAAAUUGACCAAGGUGGACAGGACCAACAGGUAUGGCGACAGAC